AUAUUUUUUUUAUUAUAUUCGAAAAAAGAAAUAUAUUUUUAAGAUAUAUUUUAUUUAUAUUUUAUUUCUUAUAUUAAAAAAUAAUUCUUAUAUAAAGUAUACAAAGUUUAUGAAAACAAUGAGUUUUAAAUUUCAAAUAAAACGAAAGUGUUGAAAUUUUAUAUCAAUCAUUCUUCAACUUUCUUUCUUGCACUUCCAAUUUUUUGUUUCUUAUCUUAUCAUAAAAAAAAGAUAAAAAUCCAAACAUGAAUUUGAUACAAUGCUAUAUAUCAUUUAUAUUCACAUUUAACAUGCACUAUAUUUUUUUUCUGAAGUCAUAGAAGAGAAUGUGUUGAAACCAAAUAAAUAUGCAGCACACUUCUCCUACUCAAAAUCACAACUAAGUUCUAGAAUCGUUUACUCGGUUCAUUUUAGUACCGUAGUUUAGUAUAAGAGGUACUCGUGAUCACAGAGCGUUUACGAGUGCCGCCAUUUUUUCGAAGGUUAACCAUUUGUAUUUCAGAGAUUGGAAGUCAGUCUUGGAGAUCGGUAGAUCUUUCGCAACUUGCGGAUUGCAAGCUAGUCUACACAUGAUUUCUGAUAAAGAAUGCACGUGCAUCAGUGAUAUAAAUCAAUUUAACUUUUCAAUAUUUAUAAUUUAUGUUUAUAAUAUAACGAUGGAUAAUUAAAAUUAAAAUUCUUUUAUACCGAAAUAAUCAAUGAAUUAAGGAAUUUAUAGUUAUAAAAUUUAUAAUAAGUUAUAAAUUUAUAUAAGCAAAUUUAAAAAUUUUUAAUGAAAAAUUAAACUUGAAUUAUAUAAAAUGAAGAUAAUUGCAAAAAUUUUAAAGAAAAUGUGACGUUUUGUGAUAAUCAUCGGAAUGACAAAAGUCAAGUGAUCCUGACAGAAAAUUUGUUUCAAUCGAUCCGGAUGAACAUCAAUUAAUUUGAACGUCUUCAUGAUUUUAUGAAUACAAGUGUUUGUGAAUUAUUAUUCAGUUAUAUAAAAAAGUCAAAAAAUUUAAUUUAACGAUGCCACGAACUCUUCAACCCAUUCAAGAAUGUAACUCCGGAAAAUCAAUUUCAGAGAAAUGUAUACGAACCAAUUGGGGAAGUUUGAUCGGAUGGAUCAAGAUUGGAAGGGAGCUGUGGCCGUGCCUCGAGGGAUCGUCGGUCUGGUAGGACCUUAUCGAGUUUAUCAAAAUCCGAACGAAAGAAGAGAGUACAUGCUCCAGGAAGAGGAAUUGGUCGAAGAAGUGGUCGAUUCCGUCAGUGAAAUCGCCGCGAGUGGGAACAACGGGGUCACUGAACAUCAUCAACGAGCGAAGUGGCGAAUAAGAGAGGACGACGAGGUAACUCUGGUGCCUGAUAUUCGAAAUAUCCCUGGUCUCGAAGAAUUUGCCGUGGAGACGGAAGAAAGCAAGGAAUUGUCCGAUUGGAAGAAAGUGGACGAUCAAGUUGUCAUUGGUUACAGCAAGAACGACGAAGAGUUCGAGCCUAAGGAGGACGAAUUCAAGGGAGAGAUCGAUGAGAUUGUGUCUGGCAAAGAGGAACGAGCUGUGGACGUGCUUCCAGAAGAAGCUUCAACUGUUUCUACCACUUCGGUAAAGGAUAAAAAGGUCAGCAAUGAACAAAACGAUAAGGAUAGUUUAAACGAGACAGGAAGUACAACAGGUGGCACCGUGGAAGGUACACCUGGUGGUGUCCCCAAUAGGGGUGAAAGGAACACCGAGACAGAGGCAGCAAUUGCAGAAGGAACGAGAUCUGCUCCGUCCAAGUCUCUGGUCUCCAGAAUCCUUUCUAGGACACACUCUUCGAACGAUCUAUUGGAUCACUCUGAACCUUUUUCUCAGUUAUGGAUCAUCCUUUCGAAUGUUUAUGGUCAGCUUCUCGUAGUGCUGAUGAUUGCUCUAUGCUUAGCCGAAGUCAUGGACACACCUGUACCUUUACUCAGUUUACAAGGCAUAUUUUUGAUGUACUUAUAUGUAGGAAGCAUAGCAGUGAUUAUCAGCAUUUAUAUUUGGGUAUUGGUAGACAGUUGUGGAAGUCUCGGUAACGGUGCAAAUGGUGUUGACGAUGCGGAACUUGGUGGUACAUCCUUAACCAGGUUCGGAUCUUUGAAACGUGCUCACAUCUCGCGAUCUAGAACAGCUUCAACAAGUUUUUACAUUCGAGUUGGAGCGCUCCUUUUCGGUUUGGCGACUCUCGUUUUCAAUGGUUUAGAAAUGGCAAUGCAUUCCAUGAUGCAAGGCACAGAAUGCUUGAGCGAUGUUGUCUUCGUACAUCCGGUACUUCAUGGACUAUUUACAUUUCUCCAAAUGCAUUUUCUUUUCGUGAAUUCGCAAGUUCUUGUAGAGAGAUUCGGUUUAAUAGCGAGAUUCGGAUUCAUCCAUUUGGCUGCUACAAAUAUUGCUGUUUGGUUUCGAUUAGUUAUUUGGGAUUCUGCUCAAGAAUGGACUUAUUUUGUUCAUUUGGCACAACGCGGUUUGCAAAAUUCAGCUUCCCCACUGAAUCUUCGAGGAUUUCCAGAAUCUUUGAUAAGGCAUACUCGAGAUCUGAUAAAUCAUUCUCCAGUAGAAAAACAAGUUUUUCAACCAUAUCAGCCUAUCUCGGAUGAACAAAUCUCACAAGUAAUUGCUUUACAAGAGUGUUUGAAUACUAAUACUCUUGGACAAUUGUGGACAUCGAGUAUGCCAUUUCUUUAUCCGUUUAUUGUACAAUUUAGUUUAAUUGCUGCUGCAGUGACUUUUGUAAUGGGUCAAAACGUCGGUCGGAAUCGAUUACAUAAGCAAAAGUUCCAUGGCAGCAAAGAUUUGACAAGUCACACUAAAGUUGGAUGCGAUGGUUCGAGCAAAGGAUUAUUCUUAGGCAUAUUGUGUAUGGUCGCGGGCAUAGUAGUAAUAUUGAUAUUCCUCGUCGUAAGAGAAGAUCAACAUUUCCCAUCGUCAACCUUAUCCUGGUUAACUUGCGGUACUCUAACUAGCAUUUUAACGUUGAGUACCUUAAUGACAGCUAGUGGGCUUAUUCAAGUUCGUCAAAUGUCUGUUGUUAUUAGAGCACCAGCCAUCUUAGAUAGUUUAUUAUCAAACGUGGCUCUCUUUGGAGUUCAGUUAUACUCUAUUUUCACGAUUGUAGUUUCUGCCUGUUCCUUAGCUAUUCUAGAGAAUGAAAGCAAUGAAACACGAGGAAGGCAUAUUAUGCUACUCACGGCAUCGAUUUUACAAUUAAUCCAAUGUUUCGCUCAAAGCACAUUGAUCGCUGAAGCAUCUAAGAGAUCAUGUAUAACUCGUUUCCAAAUAAUAGCGAAACCAGCCAGACAAGUGAUUACAUUUCUAUUAUUCAGUAAUUCUGUACUGUGGGCUUUCGACACUGUGGUUACACAAAAUUGGAUCUCACAAGAAUUACAAUUGAGAUUUUUUGGAGUACUCGCCUGGGGCGUCAUAUCCAGGAUCGGGUUACCUUUGUUGAUUUUUUAUCGAUUCCAUAGUUGUGUACUACUAUUAGAGGCGUGGAAUAAAUGUUAUAGAAUGCCAAGAGGAGAGCAUCCGCUCAACUGACGACACAGAAUGCUACUAUGUUCCUCGAGAUUACAGCCAAGAUCGCAUGAUUCUUAUUGUCGCAGAAAUGUGACCAUUAAUUUACGACAGGACAACGAAUGGUCCACUACGAUUCAGAGAACUCCAAAGAAAAUAUUUAAUUCGAAUUCAUGGAUGACGAAUUCGAUGAGUUUCGUUCCUUUCGUCGACAAUCGGCUCUACUUUGAUCCAAACUCUUUAUCUUGUAUCGCGACAUCUACCGUAGAUCCGCAAUAUUCAGAAGAUGUUAUAAGAUCGUCUAGAAUAAUGCAACGUCAUCACCAUCAUCAUCAUCAUCGUCGCCGUCAUCAUCAUCAUCACAGGAAGCAUCGACGCGUGGUCAGUGAUCCGGGUACAAGAAAUUGGAACGUCGCUAAUCAAGAUGUCAAACGACAUCGUAGGAUGUUCAGCUACGAUACGGGUAUUACUGGUCUGAGAUUGAUAGAAAAGGAAUCAAUAGCUGAGAUCGACAAGGAAAUUCCAUCCCCUGAUGAGACGAAAAUAUCGACUUUCAGGAAAGUGCCAUGGCAUUCGAACUUGCACAUGCUCAAAAUCAGAAGAACUUAGCACGAUAAAAUGAUUUAUACGUGGGACGUUAGAAUGAUAUGAAAGAAAAACGAGUUUUAUCAAAA